AUGGCUUCUAAAGUUAGCCCGUCAGCGAAAAAGGCACUCUUGAUUCUCAACUGCAUUCUCUUGUCCGUAGGAAACUGUGGCGGCCCGUUAGUUAUGCGACUCUACUUCCUCAAUGGUGGCAACCGUGUCUGGCUCUCUGCUUGCUUGGAAACCGCUGGCUGGCCUUUCAUACUGGUCGUCCUCUUCGUUCUUUAUAUAUGUCGGCUUAACAACAAAGAUGUAAAUUCCCCUUCAACAACUGUUAUUUGUAUGAGACCGAGGGUGUUCUUUGGGGCGGCGGUUACAGGUGUGCUGACUGGAGUUGACGACUACCUCUACGCCUGUGGUGUUGCUCGCCUUCCAGUCUCAACCACAUCCCUCAUUAUUGCCUCUCAGCUUGGUUUCACAGCCUUCUUUGCCUUUCUUCUAGUAAAACAGAAGUUCACACCGUAUUCAGUUAAUGCGGUGGUGCUUCUCACUAUUGGUGCCGCGGUGCUGGCAUUGCAUACUAGUAGCGACCUCCCGAAUGGGGAGUCAAAAGCAGAAUAUUAUAAAGGGUUUUUUCUAACUGUCGCGGCAUCUGCAUUGUAUGGGUUUGUGUUGCCGAUGGUUGAGUUGAUAUAUGACAAGGCGAAGCAAGCAAUUACAUAUACAUUAGUGUUGGAGUUUCAAAUGGUGAUGGCUCUCUUUGCAACUAUAUUUUGUACUAUUGGGAUGCUCAUCAACAACGAUUUUAAGGUGAUUCCAAGAGAAGCAACGAAUUUUACUUGGGGCGAGAGUGGAUAUUACAUAGUGUUGGGUAUCAAUGCAAUCUUUUGGCAAUGUUUCUUCCUUGGAGCCAUAGGCGUAAUCUUUUGUGCAUCUUCAUUACUAUCAGGGAUCAUAAUUGCAGUAUUGCUUCCAGUGACAGAGGCAUUGGCUGUAAUUUUCUACAAAGAACCGUUUCAAGUGGAAAAAGGCGUUGCACUUGUUUUAUCUCUUUGGGGAUUUACGUCUUAUUUUUAUGGCGAGUAUAAAGGCGUUAAAAAGAAGAAAAAAAGGGAAUCGGCUGAUCAUGAUCAAUCAACAGAGCUGCCUCAAAUCAAUUACUCUUCGGUAUGAAUUUGUAAUUAUUUUAGGUAUAUGUAACUAGUCUUUUUAUUCUUCUGUUUCAAUUUUGAUUUUAAUAUUGUAGAAUAUUUGUCAAUG